AUGGCGCUGGGGCUACAGCGCGCAAGGUCGAGCACGGAGCUGCGCAAGGAGAAGUCCCGGGAUGCGGCCCGCAGCCGGCGCAGCCAGGAGACCGAGGUGCUGUACCAGCUGGCGCACACGCUGCCCUUCGCUCGCGGGGUCAGCGCCCACCUGGACAAGGCCUCCAUCAUGCGCCUCACCAUCAGCUACCUGCGCAUGCACCGCCUCUGCGCCGCAGGGGAGUGGAACCAGGUGGGAGCAGGGGGCGAAGCUCUGGAUGCCUGCUACCUGAAGGCCCUGGAGGGCUUCGUCAUGGUGCUCACUGCCGAGGGAGACAUGGCUUACCUGUCGGAGAAUGUCAGCAAACACCUGGGCCUCAGUCAGCUUGAGCUCAUCGGACACAGUAUCUUUGAUUUCAUCCAUCCCUGUGACCAAGAGGAGCUCCAGGACGCCCUGACCCCCCAGCAGAGCCUGUCCAAAAAGAAGCCGGAGGCCCCCACCGAGCGGUGCUUCUCCUUGCGCAUGAAGAGCACCCUCACCAGCCGCGGGCGCACCCUCAACCUCAAGGCGGCCACCUGGAAGGUGCUGCACUGCUCUGGACACAUGAGGGCCUACAAGCCCCCUACACAGACUUCUCCAGCAGGGAGCCCCAACUCGGAGCCCCCCCUGCAAUGCCUGGUGCUCAUCUGUGAAGCCAUCCCCCACCCGGGCAGCCUGGAGCCCCCACUAGGCCGGGGGGCCUUCCUCAGCCGCCACAGCCUGGACAUGAAGUUCACCUACUGUGAUGAGAGGAUCGCGGAGGUCGCUGGCUACAGCCCCGAUGACCUGAUCGGCUGCUCCGCCUACGAGUACAUUCACGCUCUGGACUCGGACGCUGUUGGCCAGAGCAUCCACACCCUGCUGAGCAAGGGCCAGGCAGUAACGGGGCAGUAUCGCUUCCUGGCCCGGAGUGGUGGCUAUCUGUGGACCCAGACUCAGGCCACAGUGGUGUCAGGGGGCCGGGGUCCCCAGUCUGAGAGUAUCGUCUGCGUCCACUUCCUGAUCAGCCGGGUGGAAGAGACCGGAGUGGUGCUGUCCCUGGAGCAAACGGAGAGACACUCUCGCAGACCCAUUCAGAGGGGCACCCCCUCCCAGAAGGACGCCCCUAAUUCCAGGGACAGCUUUGAUACCUCUGGUCCCCGGAUCCUGGCCUUCCUGCACCCCCCCGCCCUGAGUGAGGCCACCCUGGCCGCUGACCCUCGCCGCUUCUGCAGCCCUGACCUGCGUCGCCUCCUGGCACCUAUCCUGGAUGGGACUUCAGGAGCUGCCACCCCCAAUGCACCCCCAGCCACACGGCGCUCCCAAAGUCCUCUUCCAGCCGAUCUCCCAGAUGAACCACUCGUGAACGUGGAGAAUACACACAAACUCUUGGCCUCGGGGAAAGACCUUGAGGCUGUGGAGACGGAUCUAGACAUAGCUCAGGACGUCGAUGCUCUGGAUCUGGAGAUGCUGGCCCCCUACAUCUCCAUGGAUGAUGACUUCCAGCUCAACUCCAGUGAGCAGCUACCCAGGGCCUUCCACAGACCUCCAGGCGCUGUCCCCCGGCCCCGUGCUCGGAGCUUCCAUGGCCUGUCGCCCCCAACCCCUGAGCCCUCCCUGCUGCCCCGCUGGGGGAGUGACCCCCGGCUGAGCUGCUCCAGCCCUUCCAGAGGGGACCCCUUGGCACCCUCCCCCAUGGCUGGGGCUCGGAAGAGGACCCUGGCUCAGAGCUCAGAGGACGAAGCCGAGGGGGUGGAGCUGCUGGGAGUGAGACCCCCAAAACGGUCCCCCAGCCCAGAGCCCGAAAACUUCCUGCUGCCUCCCCUCAGCCUGAGCUUCCUUCUGACAGGAGGGCCAGCCCCAGGGAGCCAGCAGGACGCCAGCACCCACCUCCUGGAACUGAAUGAGCCCCUGCGCCUGGGCCCCUCGCUGCUCUCUCUCUACCCGGAUGAGGACACCGCUGAGCCCAGGAGCCACUUCCAGCCAGCAGCAGGCUUGGCCCAGGCCAACUGA